CAUGACUCCUAAGCCCCAAGAGUUCUCAACGUCGAAACCUCAGGAGCCCGAUGCUUCGGGGGAAAGAGUAGUUAUUUCCGGUAUAGCCGGCCUCUACCCCAGUUGCUACGAUGUGAAAGAGUUAUCGGAAGUUUUAUAUAAUAAGGUUAACCCUAUCAAGAAGACCAACCGCUGGCAAUACAACCACCCCGAGGUUGCGCAGUUCAACGGAAAUGUGCCGGAUCUUUCGUAUUUCGAUGCGCAAUUCUUCAAAGUGCACUAUCGCCUCUGCAACAGCAUGGACGCCAUGGCUCGCAAAAUUCUCGAACAAUCUUACCAGGCUAUAUACGAUGCGGGUGUUAGUCCUGAACAUCUGUCGGGAAAGAAAGUUGGCGUUUACAUCGGAACAUGUUUCUCGGAAACUGAAAAAGCUUGUUUCUAUGUCGCAAGUUCUAGAACCGGAUUCGGUAUAGCCGGAUGUAACAAGAGUAUGUUUGCCAACCGUAUCUCGUACUGGCUCAAUGCGAAAGGUCCAUCCAUGUCGGUGGACGAAGCUUGCUGCAGUUCCACGGCUGCCCUGGAGUUGGCCUACAACGCCAUUGCUCGUGGAGAUUGCGAAGCAGCUAUCGUUGGUGGUGGUAAUUUAUGUCUGCAUCCACAGUCAUCGGUGCACUAUGGAAGAAUCAUGAAAUUGAGUAUGGACGGUAAGACCAGAUCUUUUGACAUGGAUGCGGCUGGCUGUGCCAAGUCAGAAGCUAUUAAUGUUCUAUUUCUGCAAAAAGCUAAAGAUGCACUAAGGAUCUAUGCUGAUGUGGUCCAUGUAAAAUCUGAAUUCUCUUCCCUUAUUGAGACUGAAACUGGGCCAAAGUAUGGAUUUUACCGCGAUCCUAAAGAUACGACAAGAUUCCUUAAUAAUUUCUACGAAGAAGCAAAAAUUUCUCCUCAGGCCGUCGAGUAUGUAGAAGCUUUUGGUUCAGCUGUACCGGAAGCUGAUAAAUCAGAGUUGGAGGCAAUCGACGCAGUAUUUUGUAAAGACAGAAAAAAACCUUUGUUGGUUGGAAGUGUUAUGUCUAAUAUUGGGUACGGAGAAGCGGCUUCUGGAAUAACUGCAAUUACUAAGGUAGUGCUCGGUUACUACUAUGGCAAACUGGCGGGAAAUCUGAAUUGUGAGACACCUCGAAAGGAUGUGUCAGCAAUAAGAGACGGACGAAUUCAAAUUGUUACUGAACACACAAAGAUUGACCGUACUUAUGCUGCUGUUAAUUGUUUGUCCAUUACUGGAAUCAAUGGCCACGUUUUGCUACAUGGUCACUACAAACCGAAGGAUCUUAACCGAUACAAAGCAUCUAUACCACGCAUUGUCCUCUUGUCGGGAAGACAAGAAAGUUCCGUGAGGAAAAUCAUCAAUGACUUGAAAUCGCGACCCAUCGACCCAGAGGAACAUGCUUUACUUCAUAACAUUCACGAGACAAGAAUUUCCGGACAUUUAGGCAGAGGAUUCGUAAUACUAGAUACAAAUGAAAACAAUGAAACUGUGAGUUUGUGCGAAGUUAGUGACUACUGCGAUCAAGGCAAACGCCCGUUGUGGUUUGUGUAUAGCGGAAUGGGUUCUCAAUGGGUAGGAAUGGGCAAGGCACUUAUGCGCAUACCUAUUUUUGCUGCUGCUAUUGAAAAAUGUCACCGUGUGCUUCAUCCUAGAGGCGUUAAUAUCAUUGAUAUCAUAACUUCGGAUGAUAAGAACAUUUUCGACAACAUAUUGCACUCAUUUGUUGGUAUUACCGCCAUACAAAUUGGACUAACUGAUGUCUUGAGAGCAAUGGAUAUACAUCCGGACAACAUCAUAGGUCACAGUUUGGGUGAAAUCGGAUGCUCCUAUGCCGAUGGCUGUUUUACGGCUGAAGAAACAAUUCUGUGUUCUUACAGCCGAGGCUUAGUCUCCAUUGAAACACCUUUUAUUCAUGGAUCAAUGGCAGCUGUUGGGAUAGGAUAUAAAGAGAUUGUAAAUCUCCUUCCUCCAGAAAUAGAGGUUGCUUGUCACAACUCUUCUCAGUCCUGUACAAUUUCCGGGCCAGCAGAGAUAAUGAGUGUAUUUGUCAAAAGUUUAACUGACAAAAAAAUAUUUGCCAAAGAAGUACCGUGCUCAAAUAUCGCAUACCAUUCCCGAUAUAUUGCUGAUGCUGGACCUGCUCUAUACGAUUAUAUGAGUGAACUUAUCAAAAAUCCAAAACUUCGAAGUCCACGUUGGCUUUCGACAUCAGUGCCACAAGAAAAGUGGAAUGAACCAGCAGCUAAAUAUUGUUCAGCUGAAUAUCACACUAACAAUUUACUGAACUCUGUGCUAUUCGAAGAAACGUCGCAGCUAAUACCACCUGAUGCAGUGUUAAUCGAAAUUGCCCCUCACAGUCUUCUGCAAGCUAUCCUAAAACGAUCCUUACCAGAGUCUUGCCGACUUUUGCCAUUAACUCGACGUGGACAUCCAGACAAUGUACAAAUGGUACUUGAGAUGGUGGGAAAACUUUCAAUGGAGGGAUUUUUGCCGAAAGUAAAAGCAUUGUAUCCAAAAAUAGAGUUUCCAGUUUCAACGUCGACCCCUAUGUUAUCGCAUUUGGUUGAAUGGGCACAUCAAGAAAAAUGGACCUUAGCCCUUUACGCUGCUGCAAACAGAAGAACAGCUGCUGGCUCAAAAUACAUUAUAUCAACACACGACGACGAAAACAGUUACUUAAAGGGGCAUGUCAUUGGAGGAAAAAAUAGAUAUCCGUUUGCUGCAGCUCUAGUGGCCGUAUGGGAUACGUUUGCCAUGAGUUUAGAUUUAAAGCUAAAAUCACUGUCGGUACAAUUCUCAGACAUACAUUUCUACUCGCAACCUGUGCUACAUGAUCAGCGUCAGUUACGAAUCAAUGUAACACUACAUCGAGGAAGUGGGAGAUUUGAGGUCAUGAACCAAAACUCCAUGGUGAUCCAAGGAAUUAUCUCUAGUGAUAACAUUAUCUCUAGAGAUACUGUGCCGACACUUAAUUCUAAAAUGAGUGUUAAAGCCAAGGAUGUAUAUCAACUUCUAUAUGCCAGAGAUUAUCAAUACAACUAUGAUUUCCAAAGCAUACACGGUAUCAAUGAAGCUUUAACAGAGGCUCAAAUAGAAUGGAAAGAAAACUGGGUGACAUUCCUAGAUGGUAUUUUCCAACUGAAUAUUUUAAAGCGGAACCACGACACAGUCUCUAAAUUAAACUUUAUAAGAAAGUUGGUAAUUGACGUGGAAAAACAUAGCAAAAUUGAACCGGUAAAGAAGAAUGAAUUACUGUUAAUGAAUGCAAAUGUAUUAGAAGUAUACGACACCACCAUUUGCGGAGGAGUAGUUCUAGAGAGUGUGAAGUUUGUUGAUUUACCUGUUGUCAAUGAUACAAAUGUUGUUCUUAGCAAGCUAACUCGCGCACCAUUUUUCCCUACGCAAGUUUCAAGUGAAAAAUCAGCACUUAGUUUAUUCCUACAAAUUGUAGCUGAUAACGUUAUGAAAAGAGAAAUUAACGUUUUUGAAAUUCCUAACAAAUAUAAGGAUUAUUCUGAGUUCAAUAACAUUAUUGAAGAUGUUAUAAAUAUAAUACCCAAUAUAAAAGCAAAUUAUUUAAAAAGGGAUAUAGUUAACAUCUUAGAUAAUAAUCACAGGGAAUUUCUAUCAACUGUUGACUUAAUAUUAGUUUCCAAUUUGAUGGAUGAUAUAGAGCUAAUUCAGGCUCUAUACGGUGCAUUACCGCAAAACACUUUCUUCGUCAAUAAACAAACCGAACAUUUGUCAAGUCGUCAACGCUCUGAACUAUAUUUUGUAGUGAGCGAACUCAACGUAGGUGAUGCAAUAUUGUAUUUGGCUAUUUGGAGACCUACUUCACCGGAUCCCCUAAGAUCGUUAGUUAUACGUUCAUCGCAAGAUCUUCCUGAAACGAAAACUUUGGGAGGAGAAUACUAUUUACCCUUAGGCAAUGUAGUGAGCUCAGAAAAUGAAGGCAUGCUUACAGCAACUUCUCCAGGAGAUCUUAAUUCUCUAGUUUGGGUGAAAGCUACACAAAACGAAAUAGAAUCUGAUGUUGAUAUUAAGGUUUGUUAUGUCGGAGUGAACUCCGCCUUUACAAAGAAAUUUUCGGAACCCAAUUAUUUGAACAAAGAAAGUGUUCAAACGAAUAAUGUAUCCGAUUUUAGUGGAAUAACAAACAGCGGCACACGGGUGAUGGGUGUCGUGCAAAGCGAUACUAUCUCUUCACGAUUAAGAUCCCAUUCAGACUUGCUCUGGCCGGUUCCUGAUCAUUGGAGUUUAGAAGAGGCGGCCACGGUACCACUGGCAUACUCUAUGGCUUUCUACAUGCUCUUUGUUAAGCCUUGCUUGGUAGUUGGUGCUCCCAUUCUCAUCCACGGAGGAGCCGGGGCUCUAGGACAAGCACUCAUAAGUAUAGCACUGGCACAUGGCUGUGAAGUAUUUACGACCGUCAGUAAUAAUGCCAAAAAACAAUUCUUACGUAAAUUAUUCCCGAAAGUUAAAAAUGAACACAUUGGAAAUUCGCGUGAUGUUACUUUUUGUGACAUGGUUCUUAAUGAAACAAAAGGUAAAGGAUGUCAGACGGUAGUAGCCUGCACUAAAGGGUACCUCAAAAACGUAUGUUCAAAAUGCUGUGCAUGCACCGGGUUUCUGAUUGAUGUUGCACAAAUUCAAAAUCGUGAAGAUUUUAAGUUUGGCUUGCACAGCUUGACCUUUGAAAGACAAUACGUGACAAUAGAUUUUACAUCUGUAUUUAAACCAGAAUUUGCUGAAGAUCUAAAGACCCUACGGACAAUGAUGAUCAAAGGCAUACAAGACGGCUACGUCAGGCCGUUGUCUCGCGUCAUAUUCGGUGCCCACGAUGUGUCGCGAGCUUUCCACAUGCAGGCGACUAGACUCAAUAGAGGCCGAGUUCUAUUGGACUUGCAGCAUCUCAAUCUGAAUAUUUUACCCAGAUUAACGUGCUCACCAUCGUCGUGGCAGGUCCUGUUAUCAGAUGACGAAAUGCUGGCUUUGAAAAUAGCAGAAAGGCUGUUAAAACAGGGUGCUAAAAAGAUUGUUCUUCUUUUAAAGGAUCCAUCAAAAAGUGUCAUAAUCCAAUCAAGAUUUUGGAGUAAAGAUUGUGUAGAAGUGAAAAUUAUAAACGAUAACAUCUGGAAGGAGUCGAGCUGGUUGACUUGCAUCCAGCAAUGCAAGGGCAGUCCAGUUGAGACCGUGUUCCUGAUCACUUCGGACGAGGAAGCCGGAAAUAUUGACGGGAUUGUUGAAAACUUAUGUACAAUCGUGCAAAAAUCGUGUCCGUUCUUAAAAUAUUUUACACUAGUAAGCGCUGGUGCAUUCCAAAAUAAGACGGUCCCUAAAUUCGUCCCGCUACAAGAUAAGACGAUCAAUGUUACACUACCCACGGUCAAUACAAUGUACAAAGAGGAGUACAUAAGAGAUAACACAUUGUCCAUCAACAACGCUGUCGACGUGCUUGAGAGCGCAGUCGUCCAGGCAGCUCACUCCAACGAGAAAAACAUUCUGGUGCAUUUCCCGGCUACAGCGAAAAAAUCUAUGCUCCAGCAGUUAAUGAAUAUUGCAGGAAUAAAUGAAGAAACUUUUCUCCGAAGUGAAAAUCAGGACAAAACUUUAAGGGAAAUGGACGUGGAUCAGACCAGGCUGUCAGCGCUCCAGAGAUACAUGAGUGACGUUUAUGAUAUCACGUGGAAGGUCGAAGAUAUUGAAGUACUUACCAUAAAAAUGAUAUCAGAGUUACAAAAGGAAAUCGUUCGAUCCGAUUUUGAAGAAAGCAACGGCUUGGGUUCCUACUUCUCCAGCGCUGUGGCCGAUGAGCUGCUGUCCACCACUGAGAUGAUAUUCUUACCCACUUUGACCACGUGUUCAUCCAUGCGCGACGACGAGUUUGAUGCGACUGAGACGUACCUGUGCAUAGUUCCUGGAGUGGAAGGGCAGCACUCUCGUUUUCGAGACAUGUGCGAACGUUUGAAGCUCCCGGCGCUGGUGCUGCAGCCAGGUCUGACCAACCCUCAAGAAUCCGUCGCUGAACUCGCCAGCCGGUACGCACAGACUGUGCUGAAGAAAACCGAACUAAAGGACAAAUUCUAUUUGCUCGGCUACGAGAGCGGAGUCCUCGUGGCUUUGGAAAUGGCAGCUAUUUUAGAACAGAAUGGAUUGACCGGAACAGUAUUCUGUAUUGGCGGAUCUCCAACCGAAAUCUUGGCUAACUUCAAGCAGCACUUAAGCGAGUACAAGACAAAAGAAGAAUUGCAGGUCGCUGUUCUGAAGCACAUGUACACGAUGAUGACCAAUGAAAGCACUGCGCCAUUAGACAAUAUCGUGACCAAGAACUUGAGUUGGAGUGAAAAAGUUAAUGCUUGCUUGCACACACUUCUCGGUAAAAUUCCUCAUCCAAUACAAUUCGCUAAGGAAUUGAUUGAAGCGGCAUACGCAAGAUUGGCUGUUAUGCUACAACACACUCCUAAGCCAAAACUACUGAGAUCUCAAGUGAUUUCUGUGCGCCCGAGAUAUCUCACCAGUGUCGAUUCAUCUUUGCAAGAUUAUGCCAGCAAGAAGGUGAUCUCAUAUCAACUUGAAGCACCAUUGUCCUGCGCUCCUCAGGAUUUGAUGUGUGCAGCCAUCAUAAACCGACACUUGGACGAUGACAUUUUGGAAAAUUUCAACAGCAGGAGUCAUUGUGAAACUUACCUGUUGAACGCCAAUACCUUCAUGACAACAGAACAUGACAUAGAGUAAAGUUUUUUAUUUGUUUGGACUU